AUGCUGCUCAACUCCCUCCUCCUAUCAACGGGCCUCGCCCUCGCCCUCGCCGACUCCUCCUCCCCCUACCUCGGCUCCCAAUCCUCCUCCUCCUCCUCCGCGUCCAACCCCUUCCUCCUCCCCGGCGGGCUCGGCUCCUCCGCCAUCUCCCUCGGCGCCGUCGCCUCCACCUGCGACAUCGGCUACAAACCCUGCGACGGCAAAUGCAUCCCCACCCUCGGCACCUGCUGCAACACCGGCAGCGGCGGCUACUGCGAGGCCACCAAGGUCUGCGUCUCCGGCGGCUGCUGCCCCAUCGGCAAGACCUGCUCCGGCGCACCUCCUCUGCAACGGCUUCUGUAUCCCCUCCGGCACGGUGUGCUGUUCUGA